AUGGCAAAUAUUGCAUCUGAUGUUGAACACCUUCGAGAACAAUACAAUGCUGGUAAAAGUAAAAGCAGUGGACUUAUAAUUCAAUACCAUAAUAAACAAUUUUACGAUGGUGAAGAAUUAAAAAAAGCCGAUACACAAAGUGAACCUAAAGUUCAAAUUAAUAUUGAUACUGAUCCGCACAAUCCUUAUUUUACAUUAGUCAUGGCUGAUCCAGAUGCGCCUCAACGAGGUAAUGAACGUGCUGGUCCGUGGUUACAUUGGAUAAAAGCUGGUUUUCAAGGAAAUGAUAUAAACAAUGGCAAAACUCUUGCUGAUUAUCAAGGCCCAGCACCGCCAUCAGGCACAGGCCCACAUCAAUAUAUAUUCUUACUAUAUAAAUCUGCAACUUCUGAUGCGUCUCAACAUUCUCAUUCGAUUGCUGUUAGUGAUUCAGGAAAAAGAAAACAAUAUCAUUUGAAAAAAUUCGAACACGAUCAUCAAUUACAAUUAGUUGCUACAAUAUCGUAUACGGUUAUCGGCUAA